ACUUCAUGCCGUUCGUACGCUAUGAUGUAAGAAGAUCUCGGACAGAUAUUGAUAACUUCCUUGCGUGAGAAAUUUUAACUGCGCAACACACUUGCAAUAUUGACGUCAAGAUUUACUAGCGAGGAUUUGGUGUAAUAGAUGCAAGGCGCUGAAUCCGGUAAUGCGCUGAAGUUCUUGCAUGUCUCACUUGCAGCUUAAGUCCGGGUACGACUAGAUGCUGCUCUAGGACUCAUACAUGCGUUUGCGCGAUGCCAUUUCGGGACCCCGCCUGUAAUCCUACACUGAUAAAGACUGCAUAUAACGAAGGUAUUGCUCCACCGGGGAUAUGAAUUGCUCCGUCUCGGAGAGUUAGGGCAGGGAGUCGUGGAGAUCUGGAAUGUGGGCCACGACCUAGUGGAUACCGACGGUUCCGUUGAAUCGAACAUUCCACGAAAACUCUAGUGGCACUUUUUCCUGGUUAUCUGACAGUCCGGAUGAGGAAUCAAGACGGAUCUCCCGGGCGUAGAGCAUAUAUAUAUGGCAGCCCUCAGAAUUCGUUUUUAGAGAUUCCGGUACAGUAACUAAUCUCUCUUUCUUGACAUCAUCCAAACUCUAGAGAAUCUUCAUUGACAAUGAGCAUCACCUUUGACGUGUACCGUGGCUCCAAGGAGGGCAAGAUCGUCGCGGACAAGACUACCCGCCCCCUUCGCCCGACUGAUGUGUACAUCGAAACGACGCACUCCGGACUUUGUGGCACAGACGAGCAUUUCCUGCGCUCUGGCCAGGUUCUCGGUCAUGAAGGUGUAGGAAUCGUCAGACAGGUCGGUGAGGCCGUGUCUCAUGUCCAGGCCGGUGACCGCGUUGGGUUCGGAUAUACCCAUGAAGUGUGCGGAAUCUGCGACCACUGCUUGAGCGGCUGGGACCAAUACUGUGUCAACAAGAAGGAAUACGGCUCCCACAACCAUGACAUCGGUAGCUUCAGCCGAGGCGUCAUCUGGAACGCCGGCAACGUCUUCAAGAUCCCCGACGGCUAUGACUCCGCCAACGCCGCACCCCUGAUGUGUGCCGGUGCCACCGUAUGGACCUGCUUGACUGAGUACGGCGUGCGCCCCACAGACCGUGUCGGUAUCAUGGGUAUCGGUGGCCUGGGCCACUUGGCCAUCAAGUUGGCCGCCGCUAUGGGCUGCCACGUCGUUGUUCUGUCCAGUUCCGAGAAGAAGCGCGAGGAGGCCUUGCAGUUCGGCGCUUCAGAGUACCAUGUGUUCUCUAGCGGUCAGGAAAUGAAGGAUUUCAAGCCCCUGAAGCAUCUCCUGCUCUGCGGCAGUGCUAACGUUGACUAUCCAUCUCUCAUCCCCCUCAUGGACGUCCACGGCACCAUCUACCCUCUCACUGUUGACUUCAAGCCCUCUGCCGUUCCUCUGCUGUACAUGAACGGCAAGGGUAUCCGCAUCCAAGGCUCCCUGGUUGCUUCUCGCAAGAGCCUCAAAACUCUGCUACAGUUCGCCGCGGAGAAGAACAUUGAGCCGACACUCAUGAAGUUCCCCCUAAAUGAGGCCGGUAUCGAGGAUGCCAUGCAGACAUUGAGGGAGGGCAAGAUGAGAUAUAGGGGUGUGCUUAUUCGGGAGUAA